ACCGGUUCCGCGGCGUCUGCGCCGCUCGUCCUGUAGCGGCGGUGGGGAUGCUGAGCCGGGUGAGUGGAGUCUCAGGGAGUCUCGCGGAGGGAAUCCGAGAGGAUGUGGGGGGCAGCAACAUGGAAAGGGAAGGUGGGAAGCCUGCGGCUGUUGUCGCGGUUGUGACUGAGCCUCGGUUUACCCAGCGAUACAGGGAAUAUCUCGAGAAGCAGAAACUCCUGGACAGACGGCACCGUGUAGAAAAGAUGCCGGAUGGCACGGUGGCGCUGCCGGUGCUGGGAAAGACUCUCCCUGAGCAGCACCUGCACGAGCUGAGGGAUUGUGUGGCUCCAGGCAGCACCUGUAGAGUAACGCAGCUCCUGGAUCCUGUUCGCUCAAAGAAGGCCCAGGGUUGUUCACCGGCCCAAAGGCUGUGUCUUGAAGUGAGUCGCUGGGUAGAGGGCCGGGGAGUGACGUGGUCAGCUGAGUUGGAGACCGAUUUGCCCCGAUCUUGGCAACGACACGGCGACCUCUUGUUGCUGAGCGAGGACUGUUUCCAAGCCAAGCAAUGGAAACAUCUGGAACCAGAACUCUGGGAGACUGUUGCGUCGGCACUUGGCGUCCAUCGUGUGGCCAAACGAGGGCGGGUAUCCCCAGAUGGCGCUCGAACGCCAGCAGUGACUCUGCUGCUGGGCGACCAAGGCUGGGUAGAGCAUGUGGAUAAUGGGAUCCAAUAUAAGUUUGACGUGACCCGGUGCAUGUUCUCCUUCGGAAAUAUCUCUGAGAAGCUUCGAGUGGCAUCGCUGCCCUGUGCUGGAGAAGUGCUGGUGGAUCUCUAUGCAGGGAUUGGUUAUUUUACCUUGCCCUUCCUCGUCCAUGCUGGCGCUGCCUUUGUCCAUGCCUGCGAGUGGAACCCCCACGCUGUAGCUGCGCUGAGAAAGAACCUUGAUAUCAAUGGAGUGGCAGAUCGGUGCCAAAUACACUUUGGGGAUAACAGAAAACUGAAGCUCUCAAACAUUGCAGACCGGGUGAACCUGGGGCUGAUUCCCAGUUCUGAAGAAGGCUGGCCCAUUGCCUGCCAAGUGCUGCGGCGGGAUGCUGGGGGCAUUUUGCAUAUCCACCAAAAUGUGGAAUCUUACCCAGGCAAGAACCGCCAGCCUCCAGGAAGCAGUGAAAUGGAGAAGGAACACUGGCCUUAUCCUCAGCAAAUGAUCACCAACCAUUGUACAAAUGGAACACCCAGGGAUUCUAGGGGGAAAAGGCUAUCAGCAGCCACCAAACCAGAGUGGCAGAGGUGGGCGGAAUCUGCAGAAACUCGUCUUGCCACCCUUCUUCAGCAGGUGCACGGGACACCAUGGAAGACACAAAUCCUGCACAUCCAGCCAGUGAAAUCCUAUGCUCCCCACGUGGAUCACAUAGUGUUGGAUUUGGAAUGCCGCCCCUGUCCUCUAGUUGGCUAGAGAAGGUGGAUCCUGAGACACAAGGAUCUAAUAUUUUUCUCCGAGCACUUGCUGGAUUGGCCCGCUCAGGAAGAGGCAGCUAAUGGAACCAAGGAAAAAAGACUGAAAGGAUCAGGAAGCUCAUGGAGUGUUUGUUACCUCAGUCCAGGAAUGUGUCCAGGUGCUGAAGGCUUCCUUUGUGAGCAUCAGGAUUAGUUGCCGGGUAACGCACUCACUUGAUGGAGAGGUUGCGAUUCAAAACCAGUAAUGAUAAUUCUAUUAAACUCCCUCGACUGUGAGUUGCUUGGUUCAUUAACUUCAUAAUUUUAGUAAAUUAUAU